UACUUCGGACGCUCCAUUCAGUCGCAAGUUAUUCGAUGAGGUUUUUUUCGUCAGCGGACAUAGAGCUAACGUCCUUGUGAAGUAACUCACGUUACAUUAUUCUUGCAUAUGGAGUCUUUGUCGUUGUUGUCGGUCCUUCGUCACAGAGUCACUGUUCCCAUCGGGAGAAAUUCGGGCACGAACAAGAAAAAAUUCGUGAACAAGAUUCCGAGGGAAUUCGAUAGAUUUGAUUAUUAUUCGGUUGUGAACGUCGACCGCGGAUAGAGGCGAUUCGAGGGCGUUCGAAAAUCUCCCACGGUAUCUCGCUGGCAUCGGGUGAGAUUAAAUCCAACGAAUAAUCUGAUCGCAAGAGUGAACCGAAUACUUUUUCACGCGUUCUACUAAGAAGAUCGAGACAACAUGACGUUGUCAGAGGGCACGAGAAGGACCGAAGAGGGUAAAACGGCAAAGAAAAUAGAAACCUUCGACGAUAUUCUUCCCUACAUUGGGGGCGCUGGACGGUAUCAGUGGUACCUUUUCGUUUUGCUUUUACCGUUCGCCUUCGGCUACGCGUUUCUUUACUUCGGUCAUUUCUUUCUCGUACUAACGCCGAACGAAUAUUGGUGCACGGUACCGGAACUCGACGACCUCACUAUUGACCAGAGGAUAGCUCUUUCGAUUCCGCCUGCUACCGCCGAUGAGUUGAAGAGCGAAGGUGCCACGUCCUACUCGCGAUGUCAGAUGUACGACGUAAACUAUACCGAAAUUCUAGCGUCUGGUGUAAAUAUUUCCGAUCCGACAUGGCCGAUAACGGCGUGUCGCAACGGAUGGACCUUCGAUUACACUACGAUUCCUUACGUUUCCAUUGCGGCUGAGCUCGGAUGGGUCUGCGAGAAGGAAUACUAUUCGUCGGUCGCGCAAUCUAUAUUUUUCAUCGGUAGUAUACUCGGUGGUUUUAUUUUUGGCUACAUAGCUGACCACUACGGUCGUGUACCUGCCCUCGUUGCUUGUAACGCCGUUGGAUUUUUCGCUUCGAUCGGAACCGCCUUCUGCAACAACUAUUGGACGUUUUGUCUGUCUAGAUUUAUUUUAGGAACCGCAUUCGACAACUGCUUCAACCUCAUUUUCAUACUCGUGAUCGAGUAUGUAGGUCCCGAACAUCGUACGUUUAUGGCGAACAUGUCGUUUGGCAUAUACUUCGCGGGAUCGGCCAGCCUCCUACCCUGGUUCGCGUAUUACAUCGCCGAUUGGAGAACUUUGAGCCUACUUACCGCUACGCCUAUGGCUAUAGCAUUUAUCGGGCCUUGGAUAGUUCCAGAAAGUGCGAGAUGGUAUAUUUCGACCGGAAAUAUUCCCAAGGCUGUUGAAAUGGUAAAAAAAUUCGAAAAAGUCAACAAAAAAACGGUGAGCAAAGAAAUCUAUGAGGAAUUCGAGCAGAGUUGUAACGCGGCAGCUAAACUGGAAGGAUCGCAGAAUUACACCGUUUUGGAUCUCUUCAAAAAAUUCCGUCUAGCUUAUAUUACGGUCAUGCUGGUUAUCUACUGGCUCCUCAUCUUAAUCGUAUACGACGGUCACGUUUGGAAUAUGAAAUCUUUAGAUCCGGAUGUCUUUACGUCGUUUUCCUUGGGCGCUCUAACCGAACUUCCAGCUGCGAUUUUGCUCACUUUAUUUCUCGAUAAAUGGGGGCGUCGGUGGAUGGGCUUUAUUUCCAUGAUGAUCUGCGGAGUGUUUUCUUUCAUUACACUAUUCAUGCCUUCCGGCGCUGCUACGGUCACAACUGGAAUUAUCGCACGCUUCGGUGUCAACAUAGCUGGAAAUAUUGGGUUUCAAUAUGCGGCAGAAAUGCUACCCACGGUCGUCAGGGGACAGGGAGUAUCUCUCAUCCACAUCGUUGGAUACAUCGCCCAUAUUAUCGGACCCUAUGUCGUUUAUUUGUCUGACGUGGCAGCUUCGUUGCCACUUAUCGUACUCGGGUUGCUUUCCGUUAUUGUGGCUGUUCAGGCUUUAUUUAUGCCUGAAACGUUGGGACAAGAUCUUCCCCAAACUUUGGAAGAUGGAAACAAUUUUGGUAGAGAACAGAGAUUCUGGUGGAUACCAUGCAUAUCUAGCUCCCACGAGAAAAAAAAGGAAUUCAGACAAACGGUCUCAUCGAUUACUUCAUAGAGAUUCGACACCUUGGGAUUGCGAUAUCUCGUGAUUGUUACUCCAUCAACGAUAGCUGUCUGAAAUCACGCAUAUCUAUGAGAUCAAAAAUUAUUUUAAAAAAUCUGACUGAAUUAAAACCCGAUUCAUCUAUA